AUGGUACCGUUGCACAAAACACCCUUCAACCAUUUAUUAGCUCUUAGCCUCCUCAAUUGUGGAACUACUUCAUCUUUUAUUUUACUUGUUCAGGAAGCUCUGGAAAACACAUAUUCUGAGGUUGUUGCACAGAGCCAGGAGCCCCUGACUAGAGAGCAGAAUUAUAAUGAUAUUCAAGAGGAGCUUAUGCGAGUGAUCCAGCCUACUGCUACUUUUGCGAUGGUUUCUAGGCAAAUAAUGAAAUCUUGUAGAAGGCGGGUUCCUACUCGGGUGCAAAGCCAGAUUAUGAAUUUCUUGGCCACUCAAAAGGCAUUUACUGGUAGUGGAGAGAGUAGCAGACAGGGUGGAGAUGAUGCUAUUGGGAGCACGAGUCGUAGGGAUGGAGCCGCAAGUGGCAACGCGGACGAUGACAUGGAUAGGGCGGAUGACCUAUCUUAGUGAGUUAUAUCCUAAACUCGUGUUUGUAUAUUGGAGAUUAUGAUAUGCGUGUAUGGUCUAUUGUGGAAAAUUUUGUGGAUUUAGAACUUAUGAUAUGUGUGUACAGGUUUGUUA